UCGGCCCGCCCGCCGCCGCCGCCGCGGAGGGGAGGUGACCGCGGCCGGGCCGGGCCAGCGGCGGCCGUGCGCGGAGGGGACGCGGGGCGCGGAUCGCAGGCUGGGAAUCAUGGAGGCUGGUUCUGUGGUCCGAGCCAUCUUUGACUUCUGCCCGAGCGUCUCAGAGGAACUGCCACUCUUUGUGGGGGACAUUAUUGAGGUGUUGGCCGUGGUGGAUGAAUUUUGGCUUCUAGGAAAGAAGGAAGAUGUUACAGGACAGUUUCCCAGCAGUUUUGUGGAGAUUGUGACAAUUCCCAGUCUGAAAGAGGGAGAGAGGCUGUUUGUUUGCAUCUGCGAAUUCACAUCUCGAGAGCUGAAUAGUCUUUCCCUCCAUCGAGGAGACCUGGUGAUUCUCGAUGGCACUCCCGCGGCAGGAUGGCUGCAGGGCCGAAGCUGCUGGGGCGCGCGGGGCUUCUUCCCGUCCUCGUGUGUGCGUGAGCUCUGCCUGUCCUCCCAGAGCCGACACUGGCACUCCCAGCCGCUCCAGGCCCCGGAAUACGCCAUGGGGCAAGCCCGGGCCCUCAUGGGCCUUUCUGCCCAGCUGGAUGAGGAGUUAGAUUUCAGGGAGGGAGAUGUGAUCACCAUCAUCGGAGUUCCCGAGCCAGGCUGGUUUGAAGGAGAGUUAGAGGGCCGAAGGGGCAUUUUCCCAGAAGGUUUUGUGGAGCUGCUGGGGCCCCUAAGGACGGUGGGCGAGCCGGCGGAUCCCGGAAGUGGAGACGACUGUGUUGUUAACGGUGAAGCAGACGUCUCUCCAGGGGUGGAGAGUGGGGCAGACGAGGACGACCACCCGACGGGCACCUAUGGGAUUGCCCUCUACAGGUUCGAAGCCCUGGAGCCGAAUGAGUUGGAUUUUGACAUAGGCGAUAAAAUUCGAAUUCUGGGGACCUUGGAGGAUGGCUGGCUGGAAGGACGUCUGAAGGGCAGGACGGGCAUCUUUCCCCAUCGCUUUGUGAAGGUAUGUCCUAGCGCCAGGACAGAGGAAACCGCCGCCCUGCCCCAGGAAGGCAGCCCCCGCAAGAACUCUGAAGGCUCUGUGGAUGGGUUGGGGAGCCCAGAGGUGGAGGAAGCAAGACACGAACCACAGGGCUGUGAAGCAGAAAGGCCUGACUAUGGUCUCUCCGAGCAAACCCCUGUUCUAGAUUACGUGGGCCCUGACUGUGUUGUGGAUAAGAACUCUGGUCAGGAUGGAGACGACCCAGGAAGCUCCCCAGGUGUGGAUCUUGAAAGGCCUCUCGCUAAAGACCCUUCUGUAGCCGACGCCUCGGAGAGAGUCAAUGGUGUUUCUUCCCAGCCUCAGGAACCUUUUUAUCCCAAGGUGCAGAAGAACCAGUAUUAUUUAACAACGGGAGGGAGCCACCGACACUCAGACCUGUUCUCUGAGCUUCUCCCCCUGGAAGCCAGGCCUCGAGACUACUCCAGCCUGCCUCCCAAAAGGACGUGUGCUCAGGGUAGGUCCCUCCAGAAGCCAGCGCCCCACCUUCACAGGGCCUCCUCCCUCACGGCCUCCAGGAUAGCCAGACCUAGCCACUUUUGCCACCCCAUUAUAGCCAGCUAUGCUCAGAAGCACCAGACCUCUGCAGAAAACGCCUCCAGCCUCUACACUGCCCCAGGGAGACCAGAGAGGAGGCCUGGGCUUCCAGACAAGGGGCCUGCCACAGAAACAACCACGGGGCCACAGGGGGACAUCAUCGACCUGGAUUCCAAGUUGACCCAACAGCUGAUAGAGUUUGAGAAGAGCCUGUCAGGGCCCAACACGGAGCCAGAUAAAAUCGUGCGCCGCUUUUCAAUCCUGGACUUCAACUCAGAGAAGGACAUAGUCAGAGGCUCCUCAAAGUCAGCGCCCUCACAGGAUCUCCCCGAGAGGAGAAAGGCCCUGAGGCCACCACCACCCAGACCCUGUACCCCAACCCCCAUUUAUCCCCACUUGGUGGUUGACCAGAGCCCAAAACCAAAACCUGCACCCCCCUUAGCCGUGAGGCCCUCCCGCCCAGCUCCCCUGCCUCCUUCUGCACAGCAGAGGAUGAGCGCAGCCUCCCCCAAGCCCCCAGCCUCCUCCUGUGCCCAUCCGGGUUGGGAGACCCCAGAGGAGGGCUCUGAGCAUGAGGAGAAGAGCCCAGCGCCUCUGUGCCCCUCUGUGCUGCUGAGGAUUCAGGACGUGGAACACGACUUGGACAUGUACACCAGGGCUCAGGGAGAGCUGAAUGCGAUGUUAGAGGAAAAGCAAGACGAACUGUUGAGGGCAGAGAUGCUUGAGAACCUCAGGUUCUACGAGAGCACCAUUCAGAGCCUGAACCUGGAGCUGCAGCAGCUGAGGGACAUGACCCUCCUCUCUCCCCAGUCUUCAUCCCUGGCGGCCCCCUCUGGGUCUGUGUCCGCUGAAACGCCGGAGCAGAGGAUGCUGGAGAAGAGAGCCAAGGUGGUGGCUGAACUUAUCCAGACGGAAAAAGACUACAUCCGGGAUCUGGAGAUGUGCACUGAGCGGGUCAUGGUGCCCCUGCAGCAGGCUCAGGUACCAAACGUUGACUUUGAGGGACUUUUUGGCAAUAUGCAGACAGUGAUUAAAGUCUCAAAGCAGUUGUUGGCGGCCUUGGAAAUCAGCGAUGCUGUAGGCCCCGUGUUUCUUGAUCACCGGGAUGAACUUGAAGGAACGUACAGGAUUUACUGCCAGAACCACGAUGAAGCCAUUUCACUGCUAGAACUCUAUGAGAAGGAUGAGAAGAUCCAGAGGCAUCUUCAGGACUCCUUGGCAGACCUUAAGAGCCUGUACAACGAAUGGGGAUGCACCAAUUACAUCAACCUGGGCUCCUUCCUCAUCAAGCCCGUACAGAGGAUAAUGCGUUACCCACUGCUGCUGAUGGAGUUGCUGAACUCCACCCCAGAAGCCCACCCAGAUAAAGUGCCUUUAGCCAGCGCAGUCCUUGCCGUCAAGGAAAUCAACGUUAACAUCAACGAAUACAAGCGUCGGAAGGAUCUAGUGCUCAAGUACCGCAAAGGUGAUGAAGACAGCCUCAUGGAGAAGAUCUCCAAGCUCAACAUCCACUCCAUCAUCAAGAAGUCCAGCCGGGUCAGCAGUCACCUGAAGCACCUCACUGGCUUCGCUCCUCAGCUGAAAGAUGAAGUAUUUGAAGAGACUGAAAAGAACUUCCGGAUGCAGGAGAGACUGAUCAAAUCUUUUAUCCGAGACCUGUCCCUCUACCUCCAGCAUAUCCGGGAAUCUGCAUGUGUAAAAGUGGUGGCCGCCAUGAGCAUGUGGGAGCUGUGCAUGGAGAGGGGACACCACGACCUGGAGCAGUUCGAGAAGGUGCACCGCUACAUCAGCGACCAGCUCUUCACACGCUUCAAGGAGAGGACUGAGCGGCUCGUCAUCAGCCCCUUGAACCAGCUGCUGAGCAUGUUCGCGGGGCCCCACAAGCUGGUGCAGAAGCGCUUCGACAAGCUCCUGGACUUCUACAACUGCACGGAGCGAGCGGAGAAGCUGAAGGACAAGAAGACGCUGGAGGAGCUACAGUCCGCCCGUAACAACUACGAGGCCCUGAACGCCCAGCUGCUGGAUGAGCUGCCCAAGUUCCAGCAGUACGCCCAGGGCCUCUUCACCAACUGCGUCCACGGCUACGCCGACGCCCAGUGCGACUUCGUGCAGCAGGCGCUGGAGCAGCUGCAGCCCCUGCUGUCGUUACUGAGAGCCACUGACCGGGAAGGCAACCUGAUCGCCAUCUUCCAGGAGGAGCACAGCCGCGUCCUGCAGCAGCUGCAGGUCUUCACCUUCUUCCCCGAGUCCCUCCCCGCCCCCAGGAAGCCCUUUGAGAGGAAAACCACAGACCGCCAGUCGGCGCGGAAGCCGCCUCUGGGCAUGCCAAGCUACAUGCUGCAGUCGGAGGAGCUGCGGAGCUCUCUGCUGGCCAGGUACCCUCCUGACAAGCUCUUCCAGGUCGAGCGGAACUUCAACGCUGCUCAGGACCUGGAUGUCUCCCUCCUGGAAGGCGACCUGGUGGGCGUGAUCAAAAAGAAGGACCCCAUGGGCAGUCAGAACCGCUGGCUCAUCGACAAUGGAGUCACCAAAGGCUUUGUGUACAGCUCCUUCCUGAAGCCUUACAAUCCUCGGCGCAGCCAUUCGGACGCCUCCGUGGGCAGCCACUCCUCCACAGAGUCCGAGCACAGUGGCUCGUCCCCCGGCAUCCAUCGGCAGAACAGCAACAGUGCCUUGACCUUCAACUCCAACAGCAUGACUGUGUCCUUCACCUCAGCUUCCCUGAAGCAGCCUCAGGACGUGCCUUCACCGAAGGGAUGUGACCCAGGAACUCUUGGUGUGCCCUUGAACUCCGGGAGUCCAGAAACUGGACCUUUCAGGUGCUCUUCAGACCCAGACUCUACCUACCAGCACAGGCCAGGGGAUGCCGCAGAUGGUGCCAGAGAAAUGAGCCAAUCCUCGUCAAGCUUGAGGGGCGGCCAGCGAAGCUCCAGGCAUCUAGAGGUGGCCGGUUACUCGGCACCAGGGCGGAGUGAACAAGGCCGUGACUCCAUGAAAGGAAGCGCACGCGCCUGUCAGACUCUGGAGGACAGAAACAGAGGGCCUGGGAGCAGUGAGGCAGAAGGCAACCAGGUCUACUUUGCCGUGUAUACCUUCAAGGCCCGAAAUCCAAAUGAACUGAGUGUGUCAGCCAAUCAGAGACUCCGGAUCCUGGAGUUUAAAGACGUCACGGGCAAUGCAGAGUGGUGGUUGGCUGAAGUGAAUGGGAAGAAGGGCUACGUCCCGUCCAAUUACAUCCGAAAAGCUGAGUACACCUGAGCCCAGCUGCCUCCCACCCUCCCGAGCUGCUGCCUUCAGGCCGCUGAAAGGCUCCGGUGGGCUCCAGGCCCCCUGAGUAGGCCCCACCACACUGCCUGUCCAUAACAAGGAUCGUAAGAUAAGCUUUGUUCUGGUUGGGGUUGUACACUAGAAUUUGAGGUGGGUGAACUCCAGGCCUGCCACCGAGUCAGUGCCCACGAGGAGCAGGCCAAGCGCUGGUGUGAGAAGUUGCCCGUCAGAAAAGCAGUAUUGUGUGUGGGAAGCUAUGCCGGCUGUCAGAAGACGCUGGCACUGGUCGUUACAUACUCCGUGGUCAGCCGAGCAGCUGCAGGAUGGAGAGGAGCAGGCUCUGACUGCUCCUCCAUCGGGCCUCCAGGCCCUGUAACGGUUUCGUCACGCUCACACGAGACCUGGCGCGUCAAAGCGUCAGACACCUCUGGUGCCCUGCAGCCUUCGCUCUGUGAUGCAGGCUCCUCACUCUGAGGUGUGCAAACGCCGGCCUGGUUGAUUUCACUGCUUCCCCGUUAAGUGUUUACGAUCUACCUUUGCUUUUGACCUCGCGUCUGGAAGGUCCAGGCGAGGUCAUCUGCCUCCUCCCCGCACCUACGUCAACUUUAUAUGGGGUCUUGGUGGUGCCUCCUAACCUUUCUCCCUGAACACAGUAACUGACAGACUUUCCUAGACUGGCGGGCCAGCCAGCCACUGGCAGUAUUAAUUCUGCCGAGCAGAAGCCUGGAUGUCUUCCCGUUCCUCUCCCCCUCCCCCGCCCCCAGCACUCUGCUGCCAUCUGGUCACAGCCACAUCUGCUCAGGACGACCCACAUGGCUUAUUUGAGGUAGGUAGGAUCAGUGGCCCCACAAGAAGCUCGCCUUAGACUUGGACAGCUUGUCUUAGCCCACCGACUGCCAUAUACUUCAGAGACAAUAUUCAAAGCCAAACAGAUGCUAAGGUGCCUGAUGAGACCUCGCCCCCAAGGCUGGAAGGUGUUCCCUAGCCCCUCGAGUGAGGACCUGGCCCCAGAGAUUUGGGUCAGCGUGCGUCUUACACUCCGGAUCUUCCCAGAGCAGAGCCCUCUGUGGACAGCCUUCCAGCCUUUGCUCCUGCAGCCACACAUUUGGCCUUAAAAUCCUGGUGGAUCAGGACACGCCUGUGAACCCCCCAACCAAGGCUUCCGAGUCACUGGCUGGGGCCUCUUACGAAGUGUUUCUAUUUAGAGAUGUUUAUAUUUAAGUAGCUAUUUUAUAAAUAAAAGCAUUUCUAUUGA